CUUUCCCCUGCCUCUUCUGCUCCGCCGUCUCGCUACCACCGAAGCCGUUUUUUUUUUUUCCUCCGAUGCUUAUUUUUCUCUUUUUUCUUUUGUUCUUCAGAAGAGAAAAGCCCUAACGCGCUCUCAGCUCGGAAGCUUCAGACUUUAAUAGUAAAAAUAUCUGAAUUCAAAGGUCUUGUUAAUGCUUGCAUCUUGAAGACAACGGGAUGUGCAGCGUGAUCCCGUUGUCUCUUUGAAUCUGGUUGAUGGGGGAAGUUGGGAUGAGUAGCAAUAGUCCUCUUACCAAAGAGCGUGCGGAAGUAAAUUGCCACAUUCAAGAUGAGAACAAGGAAACUAAGGAUGGGGUUGUGGGAGAGGGGCGAGGGCUCCCAAAAAAAGAUGAUUUUCGGGUUAAUGAGGACUUGCAAGGCGCACAUGAUGGGCGGGCAGAACAACAGCUCCAAGGGUGGGAGGAGUUCUUAUCUGUCAGGUCUCUGAAGGUUCUUCUAGUGGAAAAUGAUGAUGGAACUCGCAAUAUUCUUCGUGCUUUACUGCAAAAUUGUGGCUACAAAGUAAUAGAGGCAGAUAAUGGUAUACGAGCUUGGGAAAUCUUAGAAGAUCUUACGACUCAUGUUGAUCUUAUUUUGAGUGAGGUUGUCAUGCCCAGUUUGUCAGGCAUGGAUCUCCUGACCAAGAUAAUGGACCACAAAACUCGCAAGAAUAUUCCUGUAAUUAUGAUGUCGAGUCAAGAUUCUAUGAGUACAGUUAUCAGGUGUUUAUCGAUGGGCGCAGUUGACUUUCUAUUGAAGCCUAUUCGAAAGAAUGAACUUAAAAACCUCUGGCGGCAUAUUUGGAGGAAAUGCCACAGGCAAUCUAGUGGUAGUGGGAGUGCAAGUGAUAUCCGAACUCAAAAAUCUACAGAGUCGUCAAGUUUUGAGGAGUCAGACAAGAACACUGGCAGUAAUUGUGAUGAUAACAUCGGCCUUGGAAACAUUGGUCUGACUGAUAGGGAUGAAGGUGACAAUGGAAGUGGCACUGAGAUCAUUCAGGCUAAUCCUUCAAGGGCUGACACAUUUGGCAAUGACGGGGUGCCUGCAUUUAAAACUAGCGAGUGCGAAGGCCAGGAUGAAGAGCUUGAUGAUAUUGUCGUGGGUAAAGAAGACUUGGCUGUAGGACUUCCCAGAACUUCAGUUUUGCAGCUUGAUGAACCAAAAGAAAAAGGGUUAACCAACACGGCCAGUGCUAAUAAAAACAAACUUUCAGAAACUGACUCAAUGAUCGGAGGUGAACAAAUAGAGAAAGGACAACCAGAGCUCAACAAUGAAAAACCAAAUCGGGAAUUGAGAAACCAGGCUGCUGAUCUAAUGGGUUGCAUCGGCAACGGUACCACCGAUCCUCAGAUGCAAUGUGUUAUGUUUGACAGCCCAAAUGGUGUAUCCAAGGUUCCAGAGAUAAAAGCUAAGACCAUCCAUGACAGUAAAGAAACUCCUUCUCUUGAGCUCACUUUAAUGACGCAGAGAGAUGUUCGAAAUACUGGGUUCAGUGGUCAUGAUCGAAAUGUUCUGAGACAUUCAGACAAUUCAGCCUUUUUAAGGUACAACUUUCCUACAAAUUCUAAGCAGGCCCCAUCUGGGAAUGUUGGUAGCUAUUCUUCUCUCGAUAAUAGCUUAGGGGCAGCGAAAGCAAAAUCAUUUCAAAAUUUUCAAUAUAAUUCGUAUGGCACUCCUCUCUACCAGCGUUCCAAUGGCUCUAGCAAUAACAAUGACACUGACUCAGCCACAAAUAAGUUCUUUAUCAAUGAAGAGGCAUCCGAAGACAAGGCAGAGCCGGGAUCAACAAUGAAAUGUCUCCACGAAUCCUCUGUCUUCCAACCAGACCAUAACAGGUCUAUGGCGUAUAACCAGCCAAUAGAACAUGGUCAUGCCGAUGCUGCAGUCCAUAACACAACUUUGUCACAAGGAUGGAACAUGAAUCAGCAUGUGCAAGUGCAGCAGCAGCACCAUAUGUAUAACGUGCGUCAGCACCAGCAGAUACUAAAUAAUGAUGAUUUGUCACUGAAAAAUCUGGCAGCAGCAGCUCCACUGUGCGGGUCAUCCGAUGUGCAGUGUGUACCAAUGGAAGGGAAUGUUGGCAGUAACAGUUUGCACGGGUGUGCCUUAGAAAGAAACAACAGUAGCAACGGGCAGAGUGGGGGUAGCUUUGCCAUAAAUUCUAGGGGCACUUACACGGAAUCUGGUAAGGACAUAGCUGGAGAAGAAGGAACCAUCAGUGCAACUGAAAAUGGGAGCAAAAGUGGAGUUGAUCAAAACCGUCGUGCACAAAGAGAGGCUGCUUUGCAUAAAUUCCGCCAGAAGAGGAAAGAUAGAUGUUUCGAGAAGAAGGUGAGAUACCAGAGCAGGAAAAAACUGGCGGAACAAAGGCCGCGUGUUCGUGGACAGUUUGUUCGACAGGUGGUAAAAGAAAACAAAGGCAACGACACAGAUAGCUAAGCUGACUAGUGGUUUUGUACAUGAGAACAGCACUAUAGCUAUGCAUACCGGAUGGAGCAUCUGUUUCUUUGAUGCAGGAUAUGGGCAUACAACAUUCGGUAUUCAAAAGUAUAUAGAACUGAUAUAUUUAAAGACUAGAUUUACUGCGCGGGGACAACAAAACACGCAUGGAUUUAUGUUUAUUGAUUUUGACUCGAACAAUUUCUUUUGCGAUUAUUACUGAAUGGAUUUAUAUAUGGUCAUCGAAUCAAACGAUGAAAACCUCAUACA